CAUCUAAACCAGUGCACACGCUUUUUGUUCUGUAAAAGGCUUUCACGAAGCGCGCUUUCUGUAUCACAGUGUGAUUACUUUCCAGCAUCAGUCGCGCAAAUCAGCCAAGAGAAGAAAAACAGUCACCGUCCGGCGAAAUAAUCGGAGAUAUUCACCGGUACGGCUGAUGAACCCGUGUUUAAUGAAAGCCUAAAACUUCUCAGACUUCUCUUUAGUUGAAGCGUCAAAUCGAUGAAUUAACCGACCGAAGAAUUUGAUUUCUUGAUUACUAAGUGAGAUCCAUUCAUAUGGCUGCGAAUUCGAAUUCGAAUUCGAGCUCCAAUCCAAGUCUGAGUCCAAAUGCAGACAAUGCAAGGACAAUGUUUCUUCCGGAGAUCGGACCUGAUGGGAUCCCCCGAGAAUCUCCUGUUAUUGCUUACACGGAAAAGGUAAUAGAAGCAGAGCAGCUUCAACUGAGAAAAUACAUCGAACAAAAUUAUUCCAAAAUUCGUGAUGUUGAACGAGAAUUAGGAAAUCUUACAAUGGAGAUGAAGCUUACUUCUGGACCUAAGAAAGCUGCUCUUGAACACAUGCGAAAGACAAUAGAAUUGUCAACUCAGAGAAUUCGUGCUGCUAAGCUAAAUGAAGAGCAAGCACGAAAGGCCUGGGAAGCAACAUCAAAAGUUGUAAAGGAUGAAGAAGCAAUUAAACAGAAGCUUUGCAAUGACUUGAAUAAUCUGGUUCAGGAAAGUAGCAACGCUCAGUACGCUAGACUGGAAGAAUUGAAACGGCGUCUGGAGGCUUUAAACCCAAGCAGAUCAUCCACUCAUGUACCCACUGAUGGAAAUCCAGGGGGAUUGGCACAGCAUAGUGUAACUCAGGAUGCUUCAACAGUAAGUACACCAGAACCAGCAACUGGAUCAGCUGGUAAUACAUCAAGUCGAGGGAAUGUUCCCCAAACAAAUGAUCAGAACCAACAGCCUUCUAUUGAUGGUGACGGAAGAGGGAAGAAGAAAAUUAUGAACCCCGGGAGAGGAAGGGGAAUGGGAGCAAUACCCAAGGGCAGGGGUUCAGCACCACCUGGUUGGACUGGGGCUGGCUUUGAUGUCGACGGUAGAAGUUGAGAGCGGUAAUCUCAGAAUCUCUUCUUCAUGGUGAAAUUCUGUCUCUUCAAUCAUUAUUGUUCCUUCUUCCAGUUUUUACUGAUUCUAUUUGGCUAGUCAUUGUUAAAGUUUAGCAACAAUUUUUUAUUUUUAUAUUUUUAUUUUAUUUUUGGGGACUAAAAAUGUUUCCGCGCACGUGUAUAUUUACUUCCCAGUUUCUUUAUGUUUUCCUUUCCCCAGAAUCAAA